AUGGGCUACCUAACCAGAAUAGCCAUCCCGUUUAUUCUUCUAAUGAUAAGUGAUAAGGUGCCAUUUGUGCAAAGCUUCUUUACCACAAGCGGAGGUGGCGAAAUGGCCCAGAGGGGGGGAAGCAAAAGAAGAGACGACUGCUACCACGUAUUGAAACGGAAGAAAGGCGCAAGGGAGGUGCUCCUAAAUAGUGUUCCAAAGGUAAAGGGAGCGAGUCCGUUGGGCGGUCUCCCCCCCGUGCUAGAUGGGGUAGACAAAGUGGAGGACACAGGCUGUAGUGAUGAUCGCGGUGGUGAUCGUGCAGGUAUCCACACUGGGGAGAGCGCCGGAAAGUACGAAGCUGAGCUGGACCUGUUCCAGAAUGACUCUCUACAGUUGAAGCAGUGGUACCUAGGGCAGGAGGUUCGGGAGAAGUGGAAGGAAAAGCACGUCGAAAAUGUCCGCAACAAUUACGAGAAAGUCCUACUAAACAACAAGUACAACGAGUUGUUCAAUAUGUACAGAAAUAUAAAAAAAAAUAACGUGGAAAAUUACAAAAGGAGAGUUAAAACGAACCGAAUCAAUCCAGUGAUUUAUGUAAAAAAAAGGCUAGUCUCAGCAACAGCAAAAUAUAUCAAAAUGUCCUUCAUCAAAACGAGGAAGAUCCUUUGGAAAAUCAGAUACAUGCCCAUAAUAAAAGCCUUCGCAUUUUUGUACUACUACGGCACGAACAAAUAUACGGUGAAUAUUUACAAGUGCAUAAAAUCCUGCCUAUUUAACGCCAUUAACAAAUAUGGGCGGAAUAAUAUCAAGCCCGUUUUUCACACGCUGCAGGCUAACAUGGGUGGAUACACCAAGAAGAUAAACAUCCGAGCAAAGGGGAAAACGGACAUCAUACGGGAGCCGCACACGCACAUUCGGGUGGUGCUGGAGGUGUAG